CUCCCCCGCUCCCUCUGGUACGAUCUCGUUGUCUACUAAGGUGAAGCAGAUCUCAUUCUUUUGGCCUUAUUUUUUCCGAUUUCAUUUUUCCUCCGAUUGUUGUUAAGAUCGUCAGAAUGCCGAUUUUCGUUGUUUACAUGGCUGCGCAGCUUCUUUCUCGCAUUCGCGGCGAACAAUGAUCGUAUUGUUAUUUUGAGGCUCAUUCUAGCUCUUAAUUUGUUUUAUUUUCAAUUAAUUUCUCAAACAAGCAUCGAGUAUCGACGUCUUAGUUUCGAUGAUGAAAGCUGUAGCAGUUUGGUUGCCGAGAAACUGCUAGAAAACGAAGCCAACCGAGAAUUAUCUAUUUACUGAUCUUUCAGUAUAUUUUGUCAGGUUUUCUCGGCAGCCAAACGGAGAAAUCGAGUGUUCGAGAGUGCAUAUGAUGUGGAGAAAUUUACUAGCAAAUUCGUUUUUAAAAAAUUUUCUUCUUGUUUAUUUUGUCGCUCUUUGUUUAUUUUUGUUUGCAUUGUGGAAUAUUUUGCAGAUGAUGUUUAGAGGAGAGGAUUUGGAUUCAAAGCAGAUUUCCAGCCGGCUUUCAGCGUGAAAUCAAUAAUUGAACGAUAUAACAAGCGAAAGAGGAACAUUAACUGGGAACCCACCUCUGAAGUCAAGGUGCAUUAUUACAGUUUCUGCCAGUAUUGAUUAAGGUGUUUGGAAUUACAUUUGGGGGCCAACAUCCCGAUAAGUGGCUGUCUGUCUGGUAUGUUAUUGUGAGAUAGUGAGCUGAACCGUACUUCAGUAACACAUACAUGAGGUAACUGAUGGAGGUACAAGUACUCCAAGAUUGUUUCUACCAACAAUAAUCAUGAGAAAAGAUUGUUUCUACCAAGAAAAAUCAUGAAAAAAGAAGUUGGAGUCUGCUGCAAUUAUCAGAAACAAGUUUGGGAUCAAGAUUGUGGUAAAAUGACUGGUAUUCACAAAAAUAUUUCACCACAUAGGAGAAACUGUACCCCAGAUUUGUGGCUCUUGUUGGGGCUUCAUAGUUUUGUUGCUGUGGCUGGCUUAGCUGGAGAUGAACAGGUACAUGCGAGUCCUCCCCAAUGCCUAGAUCUUUUGUCAUCAUUGAAACUCUAUUGGCACCGUUUACAUUCCUUGUUCCAUAUGCCUGGGAUGUGAAACUUUUCUCUUGAGGAUGGUUUUAAAAAAGCUCAUAUUUUCACAAAAGCUUAAUGGUUGAAUCAUUUUAGUCAUUUAAAAGAUAGUUAAAGUAUCUUUUAGACAUGAAAACUGAUACCUUCUCAUAUAAUUCGAUGUUUUCUUGACGAAUUAGGUUUACCUUCUUAUAGAGUUCCACAUUUUCUUGAUGAAUGAGGUUUCCCUGAAUUUUUUUUUUAAGAAAAAAAAUGCAAUGUAGCUGCUUGAGUUGAUAAAGUACAAAUAGGAAGCACCAUUACAAAUCUUUCCAGCGUUCACCUUUUUGUUCAAUUCUUGUAUUUCAUCCAUCAAGAUUUGGUCCUGCAGAAGUGAAAGGGAUAACCAUUAGCAUUCACAAGCUAAUAGUUUGUCAGCAUUUUUAAUUUAAUGGAUUAGGUGAGGACAAUAAUUUCAUACCUUUUUCAUGCGGACACCACGGAGACUCAUUUCUAACUGGUUCUCAAUAUUCUGUAAAUCUUUAACAUUCAAUCCGGAAAGCUCUUGCCCCAUCAUUUGCCUGUUUUUGGUUUACAGAAGCAUAGUUUAAGCCUGUAGGUUGGUAUCUUGGACAUUCUAAAAGCUGCCAGGAGAUUUCUUCUUCUGAAAAUGCAUUUUACAUGCUUGGGCAUUUCUUAUUUUUAAUGUAUUCUAAGCUUUUCAGCAAUCUAGGUAAUCUUUCAUUUAUCAGGAUAGACUUCGAACAACACUCAUCAUAGUCAUCCUAUUUUAAAGUCUUCUUGAUUUUCCUGUUGAGAUAUGAGAAAUAAGACCUAACACCUAUUCUAGGCAGCUGUUUCAGAAUACUGGUGGUUAGUGAUCUAGCUGCCAUUAGCUGGAUAAAAUUCUUAGCAAACUCUUGUAAAUAGAUAUCCAGGGCUGAU